CUCAGCUUCUUUUCGAAGGAGGAAGAUGCUUGCAGGCAGUGCGAAGCUUGUCGCUCGUCACGUCCUCUCAAGAAUUACAGCCUCUCCCGAAUCAUCUUCCCGGCGCGCAUAUGCAAGCUCCUCCCAUUCCCUGAGUUCGACGCGACCGCGACACGCAUCACGUGCACGCUCCACACAAUUGCAAUGGCAUUGCCUCACGCAGGCUCGAGGGGCCAAGAGAAAAGCCACCGUCAGUGUGAAGGAUAUCCCACAGGGCGCUAUCGACGGACCUCCGCUUCCGCCUCAGGAUGAUGAGACAGAUUACCCACCGUUAUUACAGGAGGUGCGGAACAACCUGCUCAAAUUCAGCCAUUGCGUUCUGUUGACGAGAGUCGGUGGAUUCUACGAAUUGUAUUUCGAGCAAGCAGACGAAAUCGCACCACUCCUAAACAUCAAGAAGACAAAAAGGAAAGCUUCCAAGGGAAGCAAGCGACCGCCGGUUUCAAUGGCUGGAUUCCCUGCCUACCAACUUGAGCGCUACCUCAAAAUCUUAGUGCAAGACUUGAGCAAGCAUGUCGCAAUAUGUGAUGAGUUCGUAAAUGAUGCUUCCACCAGGGCAAAAGGUGACUCUCAGUUCACGAGGCGAGUCUCCCGCAUCGUCACUCCUGGCACGCUCAUUGACGAGCAUUUUAUGGAUCCCUGGGAAAACAAUUACCUGUUGAGUAUCCAUGUCAACCCGGAAGCCCUGAAAGCAAAUGCUGUCAAAGUCAGUCCUGGAAGUUCCAAGGUUUCUUCUGUACUUAAUCUACCUCGUACAGAAGUCGGACUUGCGUGGAUUGAUUUAUCGAGCGGAGACUUUAUUACCCAGAGCACCGAUAUUGCUUCUCUUCCAUCUGCAGUUGCUCGCAUAAGGCCUCGUGAAAUCGUCCUAGAUAGUAUCUUCGCUGAGGAACAAAACUCACGGAUGGUGUCAAUCUUGAAAGAGGAAGGUCAUGUGAUCACAUUCCAAGAGCCUGCUACUCAACCUUUGAGCGUGGUUGAUUGGUUACCGAUGAUGGGAGACGUAGUCGAGGACUUCAACCCCAAAGACUUUAGCACCGCGGAAGUGGCUGCAGGAGGGUCUCUACUUCAUUACGUGAAACACCAGCUACUUGGUGCGAGAACACGAUUGCAGGCUCCAGUCAGACAUCAGGCCGGGGAUCACAUGAGCAUUGACAAGAACAGCUUAAGAGCUCUCGAGAUCAGAAGCACAAUACACGACGGCUCUCAUCAAGGCAGCUUGCUGCAUUCGCUCAAAGAGACAGUGACAAAGAGCGGAACUCGACUUCUUACCCAGCGACUUUGUGCUCCCUCAAUGUCUCUAUCUACCAUCAACGAGAGACUAGAUCUUGUUGAAGAGAUGAUCGACUACCCUCAGCUUCGGCAAGAUGUAAGAGCAUUGCUCGGCCAGACGUUCGAUUCGCUUCGCCUCGUGACAAAGUUCACAGUCGGCCGCGGCGACGCUGAUGAUCUUAUGGAGCUGUCGAAGACAGUGGCGACCACAGCGGACCUUGCCAAGAUACUCCAAGUCCAUGUUGCGUCAAGAAACGCCAUCAUAAUCAGUCAGGAAAACCAAGUUGUGGAAGCGCGAAGGAGACAGUGCAUUCCGGCUUUGCAGAACCGCUUUGACCUGAUACAGCCGCUUGAACUGGCACAACGUAUCCAAGAUACCAUCGACGAGGAGGGAUUAUCAGAAUACCACCGAAUCGAAAACGACCAAGCUGCCGAAAUGGAAGAGAUGGCCCAAGAUGUCCUCGGUCAAGAAGCUGGCAAGGAAGAUCUGAAGGAGUUGCCCAAACGCAUCCAGCCAAAACCGCACAUGAUUGCGCCGAGCUACAAAAGCGCAACGGAUGGCCGUGACGAUAUCUGGAUAAUGAAACGGAAAGCCAGCGAGACACUAGCAAAACUGCACAGCACUCUCGAUGGUCUGGACGAGAGCAAAGCGAAUCUAGAACAGCAGUUGCGCAAAGAACUAGGUGCUGAGAGCCUUUGCCUCAAAUGGACCCCAAAUCUGGCCCACAUUGCACACGUGAAAGGCAAAGAUGUCAGUCGAGUCACUGCCCAGUACCCCAAAAGCCUGAGCAGCAGCAAGUCUACACGAUCUUUUCAGGUUCCUGAAUGGACACGAUUGGGCACUGAAAUGGACGAAAUUCGUUUCCGUAUACGUAACGAGGAACAGCGCGUUCUGAGCGACCUUCGCGAGGGCGUUGUGCGCAAUCUGGUCAAACUUCGACGGAAUGCAGCUGUACUAGAUGAACUUGAUGUGGCCUGCGCUUUUGCUAUACUUGCAGUCGACAAGAGCUUUGUUCGACCCAUACUCAACGCAGGUACUGCUCAUCACAUCAUUGGUGGGCGCCACCCUGUUGUUGAGGCGGGAUUGGUCGAGCAGGGGCGGACGUUCGCACCAAAUGACUGUCUGUUGGGUGAGAAUGAGCGGAUAUGGCUCAUAACGGGACCCAACAUGGCCGGCAAGAGUACUUAUUUACGACAAAAUGCACUUAUAUCGAUUCUUGCCCAAACCGGCUCCUUCGUACCAGCAGAGUAUGCCGAAGUGGGACUCGUGGACAAGAUUUUCACCCGUGUAGGUUCUGCCGAUAACUUGUACCAAGAUCAAUCCACGUUCAUGGUGGAGAUGCUCGAAACGGCGCAAAUUCUUAAAGAAGCCACACCUCGCUCGUUUGUCAUUAUGGACGAGGUUGGCAGGGGCACAACACCAGAGGAUGGAAUCGCCGUGGGUUACGCCUGCCUUCACCACCUCUACCACAUCAAUCAGUCUCGGACUCUAUUUGCGACCCAUUUUCACGCGCUCACCGACAUGACUAAAGACUUUGAAAGAUUAAGAUGCUAUUGCAACGACGUGGCCGAAGAGGCAGAUGGGAGGUUUUCUUAUGUGCAUCGACUGCGAAAAGGGGUGAACCGACAAAGCCAUGCGCUGAAGGUUGCCAGAGUUGCAGGUAUGCCUGAAAACGCAAUAGCGGUCGCGGCACGAGUGCUCAAGAAGUUGAAGCCAGAAGUCACGAACGACGAGGCAGGUACGGAUGAACAACUCGGGCCACGGCCAGCUGCAACAGCAUAGCUCUAGCCUCUAGCCUUCCGUCCCCCUCUCUCGUCAGCAUAUAUGGUUUUCGCUGUCCUAUCGCUAUUGUGAAUAAUUUUUAAAUACCUACCUUCGAUUAUCGGUUUCUUACUCCGG